GUUGUGAUUGUUUGUUCCCUUUUUUAUUGCUAUUGCUACAGCGGUGUAGCUACUGAGUGUACGUUAGCAGGGUAGAGGUAGUAGUAAUAGUGAAGUUUCAAAGGAUGGGUUGCGGUUCGUCAAUACCAGAGGUGGCGGAGGAGGGAAUGUACAGUGUGAAGGUUAGCGGAGCGAAGCGAGUUGAAUGUAACGAAUUGUAUGAAGUUAAUAAAUGUGAUCGUUCGAGAACAGAAGAACAGUCGAGUGAGGAAGGGGAAGGAGCCGUGGCUAUGAAUCCGGCACAGGUUCCAAACCUGGUGGGAGCAUCUCCCACCUCGAUUAUCAAAGAAUGCCUUCCCAAGAGGGGACAUAGCAGUGAUGCAGAAAACAGGUCGUGGGUUAGAUGUGGAUCUGCUACGAAUUAUUGCCCUCCACCUCCACCUCCUCCCAUGAGGCAAUCCUUCUCGUCGUCUCCACUCUGUACCAUACUCGAGGACUCUCCUUUAUCAAGUCGACAAAUGCACUACUACUAUGCAUCUAGGAGUGCGGGUGAAUUAAUGGGCGCGCGGUCAUCGCGGUCUGUGGAAUUGAGGAGAUCAUGCAGUGGGGGGUUGCCUCAUCAUCAUGAGAGGCGAAGACGAGAUCACCAUCGAGCACCUCCGCGAUAUCGUUACUGUGCGGAAAGGGUAAAUCCAGCGGUUAAGGUGGCGUAAAGUUUCUACAGUUGCGGAAUAAUUUACACAGUUGUUUAUAUUCAUUUGCUACUGGUCUUACCAUCUUUCUCAGUGGAAAAGUUUUUCACGAUUUGU